AUGGCGUUAAGCUGCGGGAUCCCGGAAGCCAUUGAUGUCAUCAAGUUAGCAAUGCAGCUGUACGACAACUUUAUCAGCAUUUUCGGGAAUGCGAAGCGCGAUUUCGCACUUUUUUCCCGAGAGCUUGCGAGCUUGAAAUCGACACUCGAGGGAAUUAGAAAAGAAUGUGGUUCAGGCGGGAGUCUAAUGAUUCACUCUGAUGUGGAGGAGCGAAGGGGGAUAAUAGCCGAUCUCGAAGAAGCGGUCUCCUUUACAACAGAGAGUCUGACAUGUUGGAACAAGCUGCUUAAGAAUUUCGGGGGACGGCCUCAAAAUAUAUCGUGGAAAAUCUGGUGGGCAAGGAAAUACCCAUCGCUCAUUCAGUGUAGAGAUAGGAUCCACGUCCAGUCAAAACUUCUGGAGAUUGUGAUGCUACGAAUCCAUACGUCACAAAAUUUCGCGAUAAUUAGUGAGAUAAAGCAGCUAGGACACGAAUUGCGGGCUGUGGUCCCUCCUUUACCAGUUAUCUCUGAUACAGAGAAGACUAUCCAGGAACCCCAGAGCCCUACGGCGGAGAGUUCGCAGGGAGCGAGGAGUCGGAGCUCUACUGAUGUGCAAUCGGUAGCACCAGCUUCUAUAGCUACAACACAUGAGGAAGAAGAAGAAGGAAUCGAAGCAACCGAUUACUCAGACGAAGUCAAAUCGAUACUCCAGAGCGUACAGGACAGAAUUUCCCAGUUACUACUUCGAAACAGACAAAUCUCGUGUCAGCCCCAGAUCCCAGAAAACACCCCCCCAGUAGAAUUCGCUGAACUUUUCCAAAAGUCGGCACUUCUUAGUGAUUACAAGAACUCCCCACCCGCUGCCUGGCUUAGAGUUGGAACUUGGUGGCUUUUAAAAUCUAUCAAACUCUCAGAACUUCUCGGAAGCAACCAUUCAGCUAUGCACCAUGUGAAUCUCCUGAAGGCAUCGUGGAUCCUUUAUAGCCAGCUUGGGAUGAACGACAUUCAAUCGCCCGAAACCCAGGAAAUGAUUGAAUCCCUUCGACCCGAGGAGCGGACUCUUUUAGAAAACCUUGCAAGUGCUAUCGGCCAUCACACCAAAGGUUUCCGGGGAGUAUCAGUUCCAAGUGUCUCUUCACUGGACCCCGCAAGCUUCGCUAUCUGGGAAAGAAUUGCGCAUGAAGAACUCGACACCGGAAGUAUCUUCGAGCAUGCACUUGAUUCUCACCGCUGGAUUACUAUCAAGGACGAGCAUGCAGGAAGCGAUAACGAAGAGGUCCUAUAUCGGAGUUUUGUUCAAGCCCAAAUUGGCUGUCGAGCGAUGAGAUUACUGGUGGAAGACACAGACUAUUUGCUUGUAUUAGUUGUUCCAUCAGAGCAAACAGAGCCUAUCAUGGUGCUCUCGAACCAAGCUGGAACGAUGAACCUCUCCUGUUCAUCCUUCCAAUGGGCUAAUGAAGGUUCAAUGAAUGAUACAACCAACAAAAUGGUCGUUCCGUUUGGUAAAAGAGCGGUGCCUAUAACCUUCAAAAAUUCUGACGAUUACAAGAAAUUCACUACGCUUGCCCACGAAUAUUUCGAUGCAGUCAAAGACCGUGAACCCUCCGAUUUCGAGAACGAAAUUUACCGGAGGGUCCUGCAAGACUACAGUAAAAGAAAUGUAAACUCAUCAAGACAGAGCAUACAACCACAGCUUAUUCUCAACCACGACUCCCGAUAUUGGGAGCUUCGGGUCCACGAGAUGAACUCCGAUCAAUAUUGGCAAAAGGUUCGCCGUUUGGUUAUUUCUGAUUGCGCGAGGGAGAAGAAUCCAAAGUGCACCAGCUUUUUCCUGCCCAUGUCGUGGGUGUAUGUUAGCGUGAAUCCUCUGGAACCUUUGGAGGUGACCAUUAAAUGGUCCGAUUGCAAUCAGAAGGAUACCUUUGGCGGUACAGGUGGAAAUUUCGACCAUCUAAUUACCUACAAAUGGAUUCCCGAUAGCCCCAACCACAGUAUUAAUGUCAAAUUUUUGAACGAAAAUGAUGCAAUUAUGUUCAGUGAAAUCAUCCUUAGCCUAAAUGUCUGCAAAAUAUCAAAGGAGCUGUUAGGAUGUUGGUCAUAUCAUGACCCCAAAUACCACCUUUACCGUGUCAGAAACACGAAGAAGGGUACUGGCCCCGAAACUUACAAGUACCUAGUGGUCACUAAGAGCGAAAGCGUACCGACGAUGGACAUGGAAGAGAUUUGGAAGCGUUCUGAGGUUUAUUUCUUUGGGAGAGAAAUCGACUAUAUUAUAGACGAAAACUACUCCAGAAUUGAGCUCGAAAACCUCUAUUCCCCUCUUUAUUUAUCAAACCACGUCAAUAUGCCACAAGAUGCGCACGGGGGUUCUUCAGUGGCAUACUCUCAUACGGAGGCUAAGUUAGGGGGUGUUGCCUUCUCUAUCGAUGUGGCAGCACAGAGUACGGAAGACCUACAACCCCAACUCUCUCACACCACUUUACAGGGCGAAAGAUGGGUUGUCCUUGAUAGACCCACCCUUGAUACAGAGAAAGAAUUUCUCACUGCUCUAUCGGAUGGUUGGAGUGUGAUUUUGUCUAUGAAAGUCGUCUGUAUCGAGUACGCGGAGCCAAGAUUUCUGGAUCUGAUGAAAAAGUUAAAGAAGAUUCCAGUUUAUCUUCAAGUUUGGCGUGAGAAUAGCAGCGCUGGCGGGGUACCGGCCACGGAAAGACUCGUCGCUCGUCAAAUAACAUCAUCCUCCUCCUCUGGGGAUUUGCCAUGGAUUAGUGUUGAAGGCAUGAUGCCCCCAAGAUCAAUUUACUGCCUAUAA